AUGGGCUCCGCAUCCAGUCUCGCAAAGACUCUCUUCAUUCCCGCCGUGAUCUCGCUCACCUUAUAUAUUCUCAUCUCCUUCCUCAUUGUUCCCUUCUUCCGCCGUUACCACCAGCGAUACUCCCAAUAUCUACCGCUAGAAACUAUAACAGCGCAUACAUCCUCUCUAUGGGAACGGAUAGCAGACGCCAUCAUGCGUCGAUUCCUUCCGUCGACUUGGCGACAACAUGCACACAUCUCAGAUGCGAAUGACAAUAUCAGCAUCCUCGAUGAGGAAGGUGAAAUUAUGGUUGGGAUGAACAUGGACUCCGCGCAUCGCGAGGCACUGGAGCAACGACGAAGUACAGUUGCUCAAGACGAAGGAAGACUGAGUCGGGAACUCGAAGAAGGAUUCAUGGACGAUAGUGAUGAUGAAGUGAACCGGGACAAUUGGAGAGGGCGAGAGUCCCAUCGAUGA